AUGUCGGGAAGAAAGAAGGCACUUCUCAAGGUUAUCAUCCUUGGUGAUUCGGGUGUUGGCAAAACGUCGCUGAUGAAUCAAUAUGUGAAUCGCAGGUUUAGUAACCAGUAUAAGGCUACGAUAGGUGCCGACUUUCUCACUAGAGAUGUGCAAAUCGACGAUCGUACAGUAACACUACAGAUCUGGGAUACUGCUGGUCAGGAGCGCUUUCAAUCCUUGGGUGUCGCUUUCUAUCGUGGAGCUGAUUGUUGUGUGUUGACGUACGACGUUACAAAUCCUUCAUCAUUUAAAAGUCUCGAUUCUUGGCGAGAUGAGUUUCUUAUACAAGCGUGUCCUCGUGAUCCAGAGAAUUUUCCAUUCGUUUUGCUCGGCAAUAAAGUUGAUCUGGACGCACAAAGAGCUGUGAGUCAAAAACGUGCAGAGAACUGGUGUCAGUCGAAACAUAACAUGCCAUAUUAUGAGGUCUCUGCCAAAGAAGCUCUAAACGUAGAAACUGCAUUCCAAGCGAUUGCGCGUGACGCACUUGCAAGAGAGGCUCAGGUUUGUCGUUUGGAUAUUUACACUUUAUUCUUUUCGUUCAUGAUGCUUACCGAUUUGUCGCCGUUUACAAGUUAUAAAUCGUAG